AUGGCAGACCUUCAAAUCCACGCCAAUCUCGCUAUCGCUGCACCUGCCGUCCUCAUCCCCAUCUGUACCGCCACAGUCGCAUUACGAGUAUAUGCUCGUCAUUUGAAGAAAGUCGGGUUGGGCGCGGAUGAUUAUUUGAUUAUGGGGGCGUUGGUCUUUGUAGUUGGGAUGGGGGUUGCUAUUAUAGCUGGCCUUCUGGCCCGGCGAGCUCCUCCAAAUCCCGCUCUCGGCCUCGUCAAACUCUCCCUCAUCCUCUUCUACCGCCGCGUCUUCACCCGCAACGCCGCUCCGCGCUUCAACAUCGUCACUUGGUUUAUGAUCUUCAUAAUCAUCAUCUGGACUCUUUCCUUCUUCUUCUCCAUCCUCUUUAUCUGCGGCGGCGAUUUUUCCGCUUACUGGACAAGUACCAUUGUGGAGAAAGCCCACUGUGUCGAUACGGAUAUGUUGCAUAAUGCGUUUGCCAUUAGUGAUGUGGUGACGGAUUUUGUCAUUAUUAGCUUGCCAGUUCCGAUGAUCUUCGGACUACACCUCACUGUUGCUCGAAAAAUAGGUAUACUAGCUAUCUUCUCCUUGGGAGCGCUCACGAUCGCGGCAUCCAUCGUUCGCAUGAUAGUAUUUAUCCAAGCCACCGCCGUAAACUACGACCCGCACGCUGAUUUUGAAUUCAUCUGCACCUCCGGUCUCUACUGGUCCCUCAUCGAAUCCAGCCUCGGCGUCAUCGCCGCCUGUCUCCCGGCCCAAUACGGACUCCUCAACACCCCGGGCGUGCAAUCCCUCGUCGCCUCCGUGCAAUCCGCCAUCUCACUCCGUUCCAUGCGCUCCAGCUCGCAACAUCCCAGCCAGUGCGACGCGCACGAUUCGCAGCGCAAUCUGUACGGCAAUAUGGAUACGAAGAUGGAGCCGUGGACCACGGCCCAUGGAAGCGAGACGCAGAAUAUUAUUGCGCAUGCGGAGGGGCCGGCUAGGUAUGAGCGGGAGGGAGAGUUGGAGGAGGGGGGGUUCAAGGGGAAAAACGGGAUUGUGGUGACGAAUAGUUUUGAGAGUAGGGAGGGGUUGGCGUAA